AUGCGUACCUACGACGACUCUUUCAGCGGCCAGAAGAUCUACCCCGGCAAGGGUAAGCUGUACGUCCGUGGCGACAGCAAGAUCUUCCGCUUCCAGAACGGCAAGUCCGAGUCGCUCUUCCUCCAGCGCAAGAACCCCCGCCGCAUUGCCUGGACUGUUCUCUUCCGUCGCCAGCACCGCAAGGGUAUCUCUGAGGAGGUUGCCAAGAAGCGCACUCGUCGCGUUGUGAAGAGCCAGCGUGCUAUCGUCGGUGCUUCCCUCGAGCAGAUCAAGGAGCGCCGUGCUCAGCGCCCCGAGGCCCGUGAGGCUGCCCGCAAGCAGGCCAUCAAGGACGCCAAGGAGAAGAAGGCCGCUGCCAGCGCCGCCAAGAAGGCCGACAAGGCCAAGAACGCCGCCAGCGCUGCUAAGGGUGGUCGCACCAUCUCCAAGCAGGGUGCCAAGGGUUCCGCCCCCAAGGUCGCCGCCAAGUCCCGCUAA